AUGGAUUUCCUCAAGAAGGCCUCCGAGGGCCUCAAGCAAACGUCUGGCGAGAACAAGCCCGCCGAGGGACAACCCCCCGCCGAGGGCCAGCCUCCCGCCGAGGGCCAGCAGCAGCCCCCUGCCGAAGGCGACAAGGAGGACUACGUUGACAAGGCGUUCGGCAUGGCCGCCAAAAAGGCCGGUUACAACCUUGAUCGCGGCACGCAGGAGAAGAUCACCGACGGCGCCCGCGCCGCCUACGAGAAGGCCUCGGGGGGCCUGCUGCUCUCCAUCACAGCACCUGCCCUUCAGCGUGCACCGCUCGCCGAGACUUUCGUUGCCCGCAGGUACGAGCCAAAGCGCAUCACGACCAAGAAUGCUUCCAACACCGCCAUUCACCCCCCCGACGAGCACCCCUAUUGUUCCCGCAUUCCCUGCCGACUCGCUCUCUACCCAGCAAGCACCUUGAACGCGCCGCCAACGCCACUCUGGAGCAUAUUCGUACGACUAUGCGUCAUGGCCACCGAUGAGGCUCACGGCAAUCUUCCCCCCUCGCAACCGCCCACGCUGACGCGCGCCGCGGCCAUGGAUCUGCCCCGUGACCCCGACGUGCCGCUGACGGUGCAUGACGACGCCGACGACGAUGCUUCCUCCAGCCUGCUUCCUCGAGGCGAGCCGGAACCCCUGCCUCGGCGGGACGCGGGAGGCGCCGAGUCGAGCUUCGUCGACGCGACAGUCGCCGACCAGACCAGAGGGCCGGACGAGACGAUGACGGAGGAGGAUGUCCACCGGCACUUCAACGACGUCGAGUCGAGCUUCCUCCCCCGCCUGUCACCCAUCCCCACCGGCUCGACCAACGGCGUAGGGGGCCUCGACGACACCUAUCUCUUCGAUUCACCCUCCAAGGCGAAACGCCAAGGCGACGAGCCGGAGAACUCGACCGUGAGCCGCAUCACGGAGACGCUCGAGACGCUAGACUCGUCCCCGACAGCCGCCGCCGCGGCGCGCACCAUAUCCCGCGUCGUUGGCCUGUCAAAAUCCGCCCCCCCCAAGGAUGAUGCCGCCGACUUCUACGCCGACGGCGAUCAAGACGAGCCCGCAUCUCCCUGCUUCUCCGUCGCCGACGACCCAUCCUCGUCCCAAGCCCCGGAGACGAUGGAUGCUGCCGACACUUCGGGCCACUCGCUCCGCGCGGGCAAGCGAUCCAAGUACCUUCGCACGAGCCGCUUCGGCAGCCAGCGUUCCUCGACCUCGUCCUUUGCCACGAACCCCGAGUCCAUCGACGGCAGCGACGCGACCGUCGGCUUGGGCCUCGACUACGCACUUCGCUCCGGCGCCUUGGGCCUGCCCCGGGUUCCGAGCGCCCUUCACCCUCGGUCCAUCAGCUUCGGCAGCAUCGUCUCCGGCAUCCACCUUGACGAACCGGACACGCCAUCCACGCCUCACCUCGAGCCGCUCGCUGAGAUCGACAGCCCUCCCCAGUCCCGCCCCGGCCAGCUGAGCACGCCCAAGGCUUCCAAGGAGAACCUCAACGCGCCCACCGACACCGUCAUCGCCCAGCAUGUUAGGGACGUGCACGUGCCCGAGUCGCUGGCGAAGGAGUACAAGGCCAAGAACGGGCUCCACACGCCGCGCCGGCAGACGAGCACGACCGCCGGCACCGCCACGACGAACCGGACGAGCCGGAACCUGACCCUCAAGGAGCAGAGCAGCAACAUCGAGCGGCUGUCCAAGGAGAAUUUCGACCUGAAGCUCAAGGUCAUGUUUCUCAGCGACCGGCUCGACAAGCUCUCGGAGGAGGGCGUCAAGGAGAUGAUAUCGGAAAACGUCAACCUCAAGACGAGCCUUGCCGUCCUGCAGCGCGACAACAAAAUUCUGCGAAAACGAGUCAAGGAGCUCGAGCGGCAGGCCAGGGAGGAGGAAGACCGGCCGAGCACGGCCCGCAGUGCCGUCUCGUCCUUCGAUCAGGCGGCCAAGGUGGCCGACGGCGAGGCGGAAGAGCGAGAGGUGGAGCUCGUCUACCUGCGCGAGCGCGUCGAGGAGUAUGCCGCCGAAAUCGAGAGGCUGCAGAGCGAGGGCGCCCACCAGGAAGGUGAGAAGCGCAAGCUCGCCGAGCUCGUCAGGACGCUCGGCGAGCGAAACGGGGAGAAUGUCAGUCACCAGGAGGAGGCCGACGUCUGGAAGGACCUGCUCGAGCAGGAGACGGCCCGCAGGGAGCAGGCCGACGAGGACAACAGGAACCUUCGCGACGAGCUCUUUCAGCUGAAGCGAGAGAGCACCGGUGCCAUGCACCACACGACCAACAUUUACAACAUCACCAAGAAGGACCGAGCGCGAGCGCGAGCGCUGACCGCAUCGUCCGGCCGUCCCACCGACGGCCAUGCCAGCGACGCCGAGGCAUCCAGCGCCAACCUCAGCGGAGGCACGACCCUCGUCGACGAGCUGCGACGCGAGAGCGAACUUUUGCGGCACGAGAAUGCGGAGCUGCGUCGCGAGGUGGGCGCCCAGACGUCGAUGCUGACGUCGAGGAAUCGCGAAAAAGAUCGCCUCUACCUCGAGAUUGAGGAGCUCAAGAUGGCCCAGCGCCGCGGAGGCCUGCUUGCCUCCAACCUCGACAGCAUCCUCGAGCGAUCCGUCUCGCGCGCCGGACGCGAGCGUUCCCACUCUCGAGGCAGCGGCCGCACCAUGCUGACGGCCGAGGAGGACGCCGAGCGAGACGAGCUCGAGAACAGGCUGGCCGAGGUGCGCGACAAGCUCAACGAGGCGAGGCUGCAGAACCAGGAGCUGCAGCAGGAGCUCGAGGCUUGCAUGGAGGACUUCGAGUCCGCCGUCGAGGCCAAGCGGACGGCCGAGGAGGCGGCGACGACGGUGCAGCAGGAUUUUGACACGGCCAUGAACGACCUCGUCGCCUUGCAGGCGGAGCGCGACGAGGCCCUGCGAGAGCAGGCGGAGAUGGAGAACGAGUUUGAGGCCCUUCGGCGCGAAGCCCAGGGGGAGAUCGAAUCUCUCGAGGCCGAGGCCGACCUGCGCAACGAGGCGGUGCAGCGCCUCCAGGCGGACUUGAGGGACCGCUCCGAGAACUUCGACGGCUUGCAGCAAGAGAUGCGGAAGAUGAGCGAGGCCCUCGUGCGGCUCGAAGACGAGCAGGACGACAAGAUGCGCCGCAUCCAGCAGCUCGAGGAGGAGCUCGAGUCGUCCAACGGCGAGCUCGAGGCGCUCGAGCGGAAGCUCAUGGAGGCCAGCGACAAGAACCAGCGGCUGACGGUCCAGCAGGAGUCGUCCCAGGGCGAGAUCGCCUUCCUGCGCGAGGAGCAGGAGGUCGACAAGGUACGCAUCGGGGAUCUCGAGGCCGCGCUGGCCAACACGGAGCAGAGCGUGCGCGAGGAGAAGGACCGAGCGAGGGAGCUCGACGACCGGCUGCGGCGGGAGCGCGUGCAGAGGGAGUUGGUGGCGGACAAGGAAAAGGAAGAAGUGCAGCAGUUCCUCAACGAGCUGAACCGCGAAGCGUCCAUGGCCAAGGACGAGGUGAGGCGGCUGCGUAAGAGCUUGUCGUCUCGCGAGGUCGAGGCUACGGAGUGGAAGGAGAGGCUGAUCGAGCUGGAGAACAAUCUUCGAGAGGCCCUCGGCGAUCUCAGCGGCACCCGUUCGUCGCUCCUCAAGUCCAUAGCCAAGAUGCAGCGCGAGCUCGAGAAUACGGUGCGGGAGCUCGACACGACAAGGGCGUCCCUGACGGAGAAGGACCACAUCAUCAAGCAGCGCGAUGCCCUGCUCGAGUCUCACGCGCUCGAGAGUCGCAGGGUGGCCGAGCUGCUCGACAAGGAGCGGGUGGCGCACCGGAAUACGAAGUCGCAGUUUGACACGUUCCAGAACAAUCACCAUCACCUCUCGCAGACGGCGAGCACUCAGGACGUCAGGAUCUCCGAGCUCGAGAGCACGAGGAGCCAGGAUCGGAGGAAGCUCGCGGCCCUGGAGCAGUCGACCCGCGAGCAGCUGACGGAGAGGAACGAGCUGCUGCUGAGGCUCUGGCACAGGCUGGGCGCCCUGUGCGGGCGCGAGUGGCUCAACGGCCACACGCUCGUCGACCGGCAGGCGGUGCCGUCGAUGGAGGUCGUCGCCACCCGCCUGCCCGGCUUUUCCAAGAACCUGCUCGGGGCCGUCAAGACGAUCGAGGGCUUGUUCGUAUCCUUCCAGACCAAGAUCAAGGCCGUCGAGCGGGACCUGCAGCGGGAAUACCAGUCGUUGGAGAGCAACCUCGAGGUCCGAACGAAGAAGCUCGACCGGCUGGAGCUGAUGGUGCGAAACUCGAUCGCAUCGCGGCGCACGGGGACGCAGGAUGGCAAGGACCGGGUGCAGCAGCUCGAGGACGCGUACCGCCAGCUCAAGCAGGAAAACGCCAGCCUCCGCAGCGCCAAGGAGGCCCGCAGCAAGGGCUCUCGGUCGAGCACGGACGGCACUCUGACGUACGCCGCCGGAGGUUCGCCCUCGCCCUCGGUCCCGCGUGGACCAGGAGAUCGCGACAGGAGCCGCGGUUCUCGCCAGGACCGGAGCAGCAGGACCGCGGGCUCUGCUUCGUCCGCCACGGCCACGGCGAUCCCGAGGCCGGCGACGAGCAACGGCAGCAUCGGCAGCGGUGGCAUGGACGUGGCAUUGGCUGGCGACGCGGGCGCGAGCAACAACAACAGCAGCGACAACCGAUGGCUGUUUAGGCUGCGAGACAUGGAGUACAAGCUGAAGAUGGAGCGCGAGGGCCGCAACCAGGACCGACAGGCUGCGAGACAGCGGCUCGGCGGCCUCGAGCUAGAGAACCGCGACUUGCGGGACAGGAUGAGGCGGACCAAUUCGCAGGCUGACUAG